AUGCCAAUCCAUACUCCCCAGCGUGUCGCUCGCUCGUUGACGCGUUUUGGUCGUCCGCCCCCGAUACGAAAACCACUGAAACGCGACUGGAGAACGCGUUUGCCCAUUCCGCAUGUUAAUAUCAUUGGGCGUGAAUACUCUCCAAAUCGACUUGAAGACUACUACUACUCUUCGGUUCAAGACAAUGCGAUGUAUAUGACCUACAUUCACGAAGCCGGGCCUCGCCCACCGCCGCGACAAAUACGAUUAACACACGACCCAACAAAUCCAUACUCUAAAUUCCGUCAAAAUCCUCCGGUGGGAGGUAGCCAACGAGGCAAACUUCCGCCACCACCAGAUACACCCGAAAAUGUGAUUCGGCUAGAGAAGAUUGUGCUGCAUUCCUUCAUGAAGCAAGCUAUCGCGAGCAGGUCGAAUUUACUGGGUCUCAUAAUGGCCAUGCGAGCAUUGACGGGAGAAACAGAAAAGGGUGCGGGCAGGCAUAAGGUUGGCGGAGUCCAAGUGGUCUAUGGCAAAAAAUCGGUGGGUGGGUGGAUUCGACCGAACAUUCCCGUUGGCGUCAAGGUUGAGCUCAAAGGUACCCCAAUGUACGACUUUCUGGCGCACCUCGUCGAAUUUGUCCUUCCGCGACUAAAGGACUUUCCCGGAAUUAUUCUCCCUCCCGCCGGGGCUUCAGAAAAUAGCCCCAGUGCUGUUUCUGGCGUCGUAUCAAUGGGCUUGGAGCCCGCAGCGAUGGCCUUUUUCCCACAAAUAGAGGUCAACGUUGACGCAUAUCCAAAAACCUAUGGAAUGCAUAUCCAUUUCGUGACAAAUGCUACUGGUGUGGGGGCAGAAAACCGGGCGCGUGCAUUAUUGUCAGCAUUUCAACUACCAUUCACUCGGCGAUAA